AUGGCUGAGACACUUUUGUUGUUUGGAUUUGAGAAGCUUUGGGAACUUCUUGUCCGAGAAUCUGAUAGAUUUACGGGAGUGAAUGGGCAAUUCACUGAACUCAAAAGCGAAUUAGAGACAUUAAGGGGUUUUUUGAAAGAUGCUGAUGCCAAGAAACAUACAAGUGAAAUGGUGAGAAACACUGUGAAAGAGAAAGAAAUUGUUUAUGAUGCAGAAGAUAUAAUCGAGACCUUUGUUAUAAAGGAAGAACUUGGAAAAACAUGUGACAUCAAGAAACGUAUCAAACAAAUUGCUCGCAAUAUUGCUGAUCGCAGGGAAGUUGCUAUUGAUAUGGAAGCCCUUAGUAAGAGGAUCGCUAAGGAAAGACAAAGAGAGAUGCUACAAACAUUUUCUAGCGAUAAUGAAGACCAUCUUGUAGGUUUGGAUAAGAAUAUUGAGAAACUGGUUGGCCAUUUGGUGGAGGAAGAUACUAGUCAAGUGGUUUCUAUUAUCGGGAUGGGUGGUAUUGGUAAAACCACCCUCGCAAGACAAGUUUUUAAUCAUGAGACAGUAAAAAGUCAUUUUGUAGGACUUGCGUGGGUGUGCAUCUCACAACAAUUUACAAGGAGGCAUGUGUGGCAGACGAUCUUGCGAAAACUCAGGCCAAAAUAUAACAAGUCAGAGAUGACAGAAGACGAACUUCAAGAAAAUAUCUUUCAAGUGUUGGAAACACAAAAGGCUUUGAUUGUACUUGAUGAUAUAUGGAGAGAUGAAGACUGGGACAGAAUAAAACCAGUAUUUCCACGGGAAAAAGGUUGGAAGGUACUAAUUACUUCACGCAACGAGGGUGUCGCAUUGCGAGCAGAUCCAAAAUGUUUCACCUUUAAACCAGAUUUUCUAACUUUCCAAGAGGGUUGGACAAUUUUACGUAGGAUAGCGUUUCCUAGAGAAAACACUAUCGAAUAUAAGGUUGAUGAAAAAAUGGAAGCGAUGGGUAAGCUUAUGAUCAAACAUUGUGGAGGUCUACCAUUGGCAAUUAAGGUGCUAAGCGGAUUGUUAGCUGCACAAUGCACUUUACGUGAGUGGGAAAGGAUAUAUGAGAAUAUUAGUGCUCACAUCGUUGGAGGGACUGGAUUUGAUGACAAAAGUACUAGUUCGGUUUAUCAUGUUUUGUAUCAGAGCUUUGAAGAGCUGCCUAUCUAUUUGAAGCAUUGCUUCCUCUACCUUGCUCAUUUUCAAGAAGAUUCUGCAAUCAAUGUUGGAGAAUUGUCCUAUAAAUGGGACGCAGAAGGAAUACCAAGGCAUAGGUGCUACAAUGAAGCAAGCAUUCGAGAUGUUGCAUACGGAUACAUAGAAGAAUUGGUGAAGAGAAACAUGGUUAUUUCUGAAAGGGACACUAAUACUUCAAGAUUUGAAACAUGCAAAUCUCGUAGACUCGUGAUACAUCUGCCUGAUGAUCAUGAUAUAUUUUAUCCGAUGGAGAUGAAGAAUCCAAAACUUAGAUCUCUCUUAUUUAUCAGAAACCAAUAUGAAGCAUAUGAUGCAUAUGAAGCUUAUGAAGCUCCGCGGCUAGUUAUAAAUUGGCUAGAGUUUCAGUUGAUGAGGGUUUUGGAUGUCUCUUAUAACCAGUUUGAAGGAGGGAAGUUACACUCUAGCAUUGGGAAGCUCAUCCACUUGAGAUAUCUGAGUUUAUAUAUGACAAAUAUAGCUCAUCUACCUUCUUCUAUGCAGAAUCUGAAACUGCUGCUCUAUUUGAACUUAAAUAUUGAUGACCAUGUUUAUGUGCCCAAUAUCUUUAAGGAGAUGCGAGAAUUAACAUUCCUCUGUUUGCCAUUGAAAAUAAUACGUGAUAGGAGGAAGUUGGAAUUGGGUAAUCUAGUCAAGCUGGAGACGUUGGAGAAUUUCUCGACAGAGCAUGGGAGUGUGAGGGAUCUCCAAGGUAUGACACAGCUAAGAGAUCUUUAUAUCUAUAUCAGAGGCGAGGGAUGUAGUAUGGAAAUUCUAUCUUCAUCUCUAAGUGAAUUGAGACACCUUGAAAAUCUUGUUGUAUAUGAUAAAUACAAGCCAUCUCCUCCCACAAAAGAUGAAAAAGUGUUUGUUUUGGAUUGCAUGAAUCUCAAACAGCUGAAUUUGACGAUAUAUAUGCCAAGGUUACCUGAUAGGCAACACUUCCCUUCUUACCUUACAAGCAUAAGUCUAACAGGUUGUCGUUUGGAGGAGGAUCCGAUGCCGAUUCUAGAAAAGCUGCUGCAACUGAAAAAUGUUCAGUUGCUUUCUGAAUCUUUUUCUGGGAAGAGAAUGGUGUGCUCGUGGGGCGGGUUUCCUCAGUUGCAGAUGCUAUCUUUCGGACUAGAUGAAUGGGAAGAGUGGAUAAUAGAAGAAGGCUCCAUGCCCCUUCUUCAUAAUCUGGUGUUUAUUGGAUGUCAAAAGUUAAAGGAACUUCCUGAUGGCCUACGAUUCAUUACGUCCUUAAAGUCUCUGGUUUGUCAUGUUAUGGGAAUAGAAUGGGCGGAGAGAUUGUCGAAAGAAGGAGAAGAUUAUUACAAAGUCCAACACAUUCCCCAUGUUAAAUGUUGA